AUGUACAUAAAUAGUCAACCUAGCAGUCUUCCCAGCGCUCUACCACCAUUGCUCAGUGAACACCAUUUGGAUAAGAUGUCGGAUCAUGUAUUUGAAACUUACGAUUUUGAUGGAACAGGAAAGUUGACAUUCGAGGAAUUUGCUGAAGCUUAUCUGAUGCUCACUCAUUAUCCAGGUACAUCGACAAAAAAUGUUACAUUUCGUGAUCGAUUUAACUACAUCUUGGAUCAAGACAACCCAACACCUGAUUUUAUCACACGUGAAGAAGGUGAACGGGUGUUCAAUCGCCUCAAUAGAUAUAACAAUUGGAUAAAUUCGAAAGCCACAACAUCCGCUGACACGUCGAAACCGGUAACUAAUAGUUGGGAAUCUCAUUGGAGCAAGCUCGAUGAUGAUAGUGACCGAUCCGAAGCUGGUGUUAUUCAAAGUUUUGAUAUUUCCGGUUGUACUACGCCGCCGUGCAUAUUUAUUAAAGGUCAUACAUAUUCCAUGAAUCUAACAUUUGUAGCAAAAGCUCCAUCGAAAACGGCAAACAUUAGUAUUUAUGGUAUUAUUAACGGACAACCUCUUCCCUUUCCAGGUAAUAAACCGGAUGCGUGUGAACUCAAUUGUCAUUGUCCAAUCAAUCAAAAUGAUGUCAAUUCAGUUUUAUCGUCAUUAGAUGUACUUGAAAUUUAUCCACCUAUUUCACGUUAUGUUCAAAUUGUACUUAUAGCUAAUGAUCUACAUGCAAAUUAUUCUUGUGUUCUAUUUCCGGCAACUACUUAG